AUGGCUUUGGGGAGCAAUGAGAAAAGAAAAUCAAUUUUGAAUGUGAGGCUUGGAAUGGAUUCUGAUUCUCUUAGAAGCCCCACUUCACCUCUAGAUGUUACUUUGCUUUCAAAUAGAGGUAACAAUUUAAGAACAUUAUCAUCUGAUCAAGGACAAAAAAGGGGUUGGGACUGUACCAAAGUAGGUUUGAGUAUCAUAGAUUCUUUGGAAGAUUGUUCUAAAUUUUCUAGGAAUGUUCUUAUGUCAACUGAGUUCAACAAGGGUAGUAGUCUCAGUCCUAAUCCUAGUCCUCGAAUAAUUACUAAAGUACCGAGUUAUAAUCGCUGUUUGGAUUCUGUUAAGGCUUCUAAGUCGUUGCCGAAAGAUUUUUUUAAGCUGCCUUAUACUCGUAAUAGUUCUGUUUUUCGUAAGGGUGAAUCGAGUGUUGUUUUUGAAAUUGGUGAAACAUUGGUAGAACAUGAGUUACCCUUUGGGAAAUCAAUGUCUUGUUCAUUGGACUUUUACGGUCCAAUUGAUGAUUCGAAACCAGUGAGUUCUCCUCCUUGUUUUAUUGGAGAAAAUAUGAAUCCAAACAUGUUGCUACCGAUGUCUCUAUCUGCAAGUGAGAUUGAAAACUCUGAGGACUAUACUUGUGUUAUUUCGCAUGGUCCUAAUCCGAAGAAAACACAUAUUUAUUGUGAUUGCAUACUGGAAGUUCAUGCCGGUGAUGAUGUUAAAAAAGCUCUACAUGAGAAUGAAGAGAAGGAGGGUUUGUUUUGUUCCGUGGUUGACCGAUUCGAGACUACAAAGCAUUUUCCCUCUGCUGAGUUUUUGACUUUCUGCAACAGCUGCAACAAGAAGUUUGAAGAGGGUAAAGAUAUUUACAUCUAUAGAGGUGAAAAGGCAUUUUGCAGUUUAACUUGCCGCGCCCUUGAGAUUAUGAUUGAUGAGGAGCUAGAGAAAUCCAAUGCACCACCAUCUGAGAACUCUAUCGAGUAUGAAUCUGGUGGAGAAGUUUUUGGAUCUGGCAUCUUCACUGCUGAAUAG